GGAAGCGUCAAACAUUCGCUCGGAAGUGACCAAUCAGCGACAGGGAGAGGCGGACCUUAACGCCAAUAUCGCACGUGACCCUCCUCAGUAGUUCCCAGGCGGUCACAUCGUCAAGCCAGAGACUAUGGAUCAACGGGUCGGGUUGUUCGUUCUUCUGGCAGUAGGCCUCCUCUGCCUCACUUUGGCCCCUGUGUCUCGGGCUGAGGACCUGGUUGAGGACAGUUUGGGUGACGAUAUGGACGUGGAGGACGAGCUGGAUCUGGGUAUGGCCGGUGACGAGGAUGAGGAACUGGAGGGAGACAUGCAGGACGAGGCUCCUUCUGCUCCUAAAACUCCUCCUGCACCAAAAGUGACCUACAAAGCACCAGAGCCAGUCGGGGAACAUUACAUCGCUGAAUCUUUUGACCGGGGGACUCUUGAUGGGUGGGUCGUGUCCAGUGCAAAGAAGGAGGGUGCUGAUGAAGACAUCGCAAAAUAUGAUGGUAAAUGGUCGGUGGAGGAGAUGAAGGACAGUAAGCUGCCUGGUGAUAAAGGUCUGGUCCUGAAGUCCCGAGCCAAACAUCACGCCAUCUCCGCUCAGCUGCUGAGACCUUUUCCCUUCGACUCUAAGCCGCUCAUUAUCCAGUACGAGGUGAACUUCCAGUCAGGUAUCGACUGCGGCGGCGCCUACGUGAAGCUGCUGACUCAGACUCCUGAACUUGACCUGGACCAGUUUGUGGAUAAAACUCCGUACACAAUCAUGUUCGGACCGGACAAGUGUGGAGAGGAUUACAAACUGCACUUCAUCUUCAGACAUAAAAACCCCAAAACUGGAGAGUUCGAAGAGAAACACGCCAAGAAACCCGACGCCGACCUGAGGACCUACUUCACCGACAAGAAGACACAUCUGUACACACUCGUGGUGAACCCUGAUAACACCUACGAGGUGCUCGUGGAUCAGACGGUGGUGAACAGCGGCAGCCUGCUGACAGACAUGACCCCCCCUGUGAACCCUGCCUCUGAAAUCGAGGACCCUGACGACCAGAAACCCGAGGACUGGGAUGAGAGACCUAAGAUCCAGGACCCUGCCGCCGCCAAGCCCGAAGACUGGGAUGAGGACGCACCCGCUCAGGUUCCAGAUGAAGACGCAGUGAAACCAGACGGCUGGUUAGAUGAAGAGCUGGAGUACAUUGGAGACCCCGACGCGGUCAAACCUGAAGACUGGGACGAGGACAUGGACGGAGAGUGGGAGGCUCCUCAGGUCCCUAACCCCGCCUGCGAGACUGCCCCUGGCUGUGGCGCCUGGAAACGACCAAUGAUCGACAACCCCAACUACAAGGGCAAGUGGAAGUCCCCCAUGAUCGAUAACCCCAACUAUCAGGGCGUGUGGAAGCCGAGGAAGGUCCCCAACCCGGCAUUCUUCGAGGACCUGCAGCCUUUCAGGAUGACCCCGUUCAGCGCCGUCGGGCUCGAGUUGUGGUCCAUGACCUCCGAAAUCUUCUUCGACAACUUCUUCAUCACCGACGACCGAAACACAGCUGAGCGCUGGGCUACAGACGGCUGGGGGUUAAAGAAGGCUGCAGAGGGCGCUGCUGAGCCCGGUCUUGCUACACAGAUGCUGAACGCUGCAGAGGAGCGCCCGUGGCUCUGGGUCGUCUAUGUCCUCACUGUGGCUCUACCGCUUGUCCUCAUCAUUGUUUUCUGCUGCACCGGAAAGAAAAAGAGCCCAGCGACACCUGCAGCAGAAUACAAGAAGACCGAUGAGGCUCAGCCUGAUGUGAAGGAGGGAGAAGAGGAAGAAGAGGAGGAGGAGGAAGAGGAGAAGGCUGAGGAGAAGGCUGAAGAGGCCAAGAAGAGCAGUACAGCUGCAGAAGAGAAGAGUGACGGAGAGGCAAGUCCUGCAGAGGAAGAGGAGGAGGAAGAAGACGACGAAGCAGAGAAGGAGGGUGAGAACGAGGCGACAGCUGACGAUAAGUCGGAGGACGACGUUCUGCGGAGAUCUCCCAGGAACAGGAAGGUCAGAAGGGACUGAUUUCUCUGACUCCACAGCCCUGAACACCUCCCCCCUUCCCUCCCCUCCUCUAGAUUAUCUCCUUCCUCUCCUCCUCCUCCUCCUCUUCUCUGCUCUGAGGCGAUGCAGCCUGAAUGGAUCCUGUUUGAAGCAGUGAAGCCUGCAGGAAACUAAUCAAGACCUCCAAUAUGGACGGCUGAUGAUGAUGAUGAUUCCAGUACGAACAGGACUGAGUUAGUUUGAUUUAUUAAAAGGAUUUUUGUUUCUGAAAGAAAUUAACUAAAACUUCCUGCAUCAUUCCUGAACAACACCUGAGCAGACUCGAACCCACGGCAUCGUCGACGUGUCCGAUCCCGACUGGCUCACAGCUUAACGCCCAGCGUCAUCCUGAGCUUACAACGUCCUGCCCAACCAACAGCCUGCUAACCAGUCUUCUGAUACAUGCUAACUAGUCUCCUGAGAGACGUUUAUUUGGUAAACAAAAAAGAAACCCAAUAACACAAUUUCAGUAGCUUGAAAUCUGAGUUAACAUACAGUGAUCCUCUCUCGGCUGAUAAGAGUGCUAGAUAGUUUUAUGACUUAGCCAUGAGCAGAUAGUAGCAUAAACCUACAAUUCUACAGUUCAUUUAGCAGACACUUUGUCCAAAGCAACCUACAUCUGACCUACCAGAAAUCUUGUUACAUAACCUACCAAUGUGGCUGGCUAAGCUGACACUCACAGGAUAACCACAUAAAUUUAAAAACUGUAAAUCUUGGUUAUAAGCCAAUUUGCCAGUCCCCUGCCUUUUAAUUGUAACCAGAUAGGCAAUUUGAGGCUGCCAACUUCCUGGUUUCUGCUGGCGAUGAGGUGUUGAUUACGCUAUCAGUGGUCGGAAUAGCAAACCACCAACAAAUAUUCCGCCAAUUAGCCUUCCAAUAAAGCGUGAAGAAAUUGUGACCAACUAUACAAAAACUAGUUUUUCCAGCCUGGUAACUAACCUUGAAGCAUUAACUGUAUUAAUAUGGACAUCACAUCCCAGAAUCCUCCUGUUGUAAAAAGUGAAGCCAAAACCCCCCUCUCUUGGCUUUAGUCUCAGGUGACUGUUACUCCCACCAUUUUAAAUAUACAGUCUAUGGUUCUAAACAACAAACACAUUCACCGUCUAAUCUACUUGAUUUAUCAGUGUUUUGGAAGUCUGGAAAUUAUCUACAAGUGGUUAAAAAGUUUUGCCAGUUUCAUAAACCAUUUGCAAAUCAUUGGGCAGGCUGACAAUUUAGCUCGCCAACAAUCUGAGGUAGCUACCUUCAUACUUUGGUGAAGGUCCCUUUUUUUUUUUUUUUUUUUAAUUAGUCGAGCCUCAUUUAGGCUUAAAGAAGUAUGCCAGUUAGCAUUGUCAGUUAGCCUACCAACAGGUUGCUAACUAGCCUGCAAACUUGGUGACUCCUUUUCCAACAUAAGCUUUCUGGAAGUAUUGGCAAGCGUUCUUUCAAAGGGCUAAGGAGUUAACCUGCUUAGCCUUCUGACAUGCUAGUUAGCUCAUGAAAACGCUAUCAACCCAUUUGGACUACAGUCUACUAAUUGGCAUAAUUAGCUUCUAACAAGCCCACAAAAAAUAAUGACUUACGAACACCUAGCAAAUUAGAGAUUCAAAUUCACAUACUAACAGUUGUUUUUUUUAUUCUUUUGAUAUUUUAUAAUUUUGCUAGCUAGCGUCCUUAAAUUUAGAGAUUAGCCACGUGCUAAUGAUUUUAAAGAGCUGAACUGGGAACACUCCAGCUGAUAUGAGUUUUCUUUAUUUCUUUUUUUACGUCUCAUUUUCUGUCAUUGAAGUGUUAAUCAGUUAGCUUCAUGUUGGCCCCACUAGAACGAGUGUUUCUUCUGAUUUUAUGUCCUGAAGUCUUCGAGAAAGGUCAAGACUCUGGGUCAAAGAGAGCGUUGAAGUUAAAGGAGAGUUUUACCUAGGGUGACUAAGGUGGAUGUUGUCAAACUGAUCCUGUCUUUAUAAACUAACCAUUUAUCUUUGAAAAAAAAAUAUAUAUGGCGUCAUUAUGAUGAUAGUUGCCUGGCAGCAGCAGCAGAUGAUCUUCCUCAAAUAAAAACAAAAUAAUGUUAUAUUGGAAACGACUUCUGUGAAAAUGAAAAUACUUUUUUACACUCUGGAGCUACUAGAACUUUACUUUCUUCUGAGUCAAUUUUUGUAGGUCUUGAUUUUUCUUAUUUUUUUUUUUACAUCUUCUGCAUUAACCCACUCCCCUAGGAGUUAGAGAUUACAAUUUUACAGUUUACCUCUUCUUCUUCAGGGUCCGGUUGUUCAAAAGGUUUUUCCCGUUUAAAAAAAAAAAUGAUCCAGAUUUGGUAAUCCACUUUUAUUCUACCAGGGAUCGCUUAGUCAAGCUUACUUGUAUCCUGGUUUUUCAUAGGAAAACUGGAUGUAUCAACCUGAUCCAUGUAAAAAAAAAAAAUUAAGGAUAACCAAAUCCCGUUUAUCAGAGCUUUAAAUGGGACUUCAUACUACAUUCUUUGUCCACAGGGGGCGCCAAAAUCCACCCAAACAGAAAGAUCCUCAUAGCUGCUUGAAAAUUAAAUAUCUGUUUGACAUGUAUGCUGUUUGGUUUAAUGCAAACAAAAGUCCUGUAUUGCUUAUAAAACCCUUAUCUAUACCUACUUUUUCACUAAAACAAACACGGAUUUUGACAUUUGUUUUUCUGACAUUUCUUCCACUUGAAUCCAGCCCUCUGCUUGGAUCAGAACGAUCCUGAUCUUUUUGAUCACAAUCCUAUUUUAAAGUUCAAAUAACACAAACUGGGGGUUUGAUCAGGACAAAAACCAGGAUUUGAUUACCUGAUCUUAUCCGAUUAUGUAAUCCUUUUUUUUUUUUUUUGCUUUUGACCAACCUGAUUUCAAGAUUGAAUUCUGUUGGAUUAUUUUUUGAACAACCACACCCAGGUGAUGAACAUGAAUCUUCCUGGUGUUUCAUGUGCACACCUUAAACUCAUGUACAACUCCCCUUUUUUUAAAAUGAGCAGCUGCCGUCUUUAUUUUGACUUAAAUUCAACAUGUCAGCAGGUGGACAGAUACCCAGUCCCUCUUUCAUUGACCCCAUAUAAAAAGAAAAAGGCACUAAGGGAAAACUCAGGCGCUUAACCUCACCCUUGUCCACCUGCGGCACCACAACACCUACACCAGACCUCCACUAAUAAGACGCUUGUAUCCUGAAUCCUUGUCAGGUUAGACCCCCAUGUUUAAAAGAGAUGGCACUUCAGCGUCUACAAAUAAUCUCAGCUCAAGGUCCACUUAAGAGCCUUUUUCUGAGCUUUCAACAACAUCUCAGGGUUUUAAACAAUAGAUGGAGCUUGUUAGUUUUUCUGUAAGCGAAUCAGUCACAGUUGAGACGAUUUAAAGCUCCUGUGAGGAGCUUUCGGGUUAUGUUGAUUUUGGCGACCCAUGUGGACAAGACUGAACCCUUCCAUCUCUUGCUGAUCUUGUACUGUACAUGUCAGUGGUGUUUUCCAAUUUACAAAAAUGAAUCUAUCUUUGUUAAAAAUGUCUAAUGUGCAACUUGUAAUUAGUCUGCUGCUGCCUGACAACUUCUAGUCUCAUGUCCUCAGUUGUAGGCAAACAAAUGGCUACUAGUCAAACAAACUUCUCUAAAAACACCUAAAACUGUUAAAAGUGUCUCUAGUAUGGAAAGAUCUUUUCGCUAAUGCCAUAAGGACAUUUCCAGUUUUCUCUCCGCUAACACUCUGAAGGAUUUUGUGAUCAUAAAGAAACAACACGAGAAAAAUUUAAUAAACUUUCCUUGCAAAGAUGUCAACUUGGAUUUAAAAUCGUUAAGAGUUAUUUUAUAUAUUGAUGGAAAAAAAACAUGUAAAGAUUACAAAGCAGAGGCUGAUAAGUGGUGUCAGUGCACAGUUUAGUUCACCUGUACAAUCUGAAAUAAACCUGGUUUUGUAAGUCUGAAAAUGUGUGAAAAAAAAUUGAAUAUCUACAUUUGUCUGCUCUUUUAUCCAUGUAGUAACUGUUGAUGUGUCUGUUUAUCUCCUGGUUGUGUCAUACUUCAGUUUUCCAAAAGGUUAAAAGCUAUAAAACUUCAUCUGUAAAAUGUAUUUUUUCUCUUGGUAAUUCAGGUGAGGGUUGGCUCUCUUGACAAGAAACUCUGCUGCUGUGAUUGGCUAGUGGGAUUUGACAGCUGGGCGGGGAAAAUGUCAAAUAUUUGGCCGUUGGUGUGUUCAGAUUUUGGGCCUUCCUGCUUCCAUGUCAGUUGAUCUUUAACCUUUCUUUUUCCUCCUCUCUUAGACACAAGAUAGUUAAGUUUUGGCUGUGACUCUGCUGCUUUGACUCCUUUUCUGUUACUCUAAAUUGUCAGAUAAAGUUUUAACGCAGCAGCAUACAUUUAAGUCACAACAUUUUCCACCAAACUCUUCCAUCGUCUCCCUCUUUGUGUCUUUUUUCUGUCUGAUUCUUUUCUCGUUGUCUUUGCUCGUGCGUCAGGUUGAAGCUGCCUAGCUAACAGACUCUGUAGACUGAACACUGUAUCUGCUGGUGAAAAUGUAUGACUCUGUAACCCUGUACUUUUUAUUUUUGUUUGACUGUGUUUGAACUAAACAGUUGGCCCAGCCUGUUUCUGAUGUGCACACUCUGUAGGGAGGUGGACCUGCUGACAGAACACACACACAGAGGUCCAACUUUGAAUAGAAAAACUGUGAUGAUGGAGCCUGCCGUGUGUGUGUUUGUAGACAUGCAGCCGCAUUUGUUUCGAUGAAUAAAAAGGCCAAAUGGAAACUGAA